GGGUGACCGCCCUUCGUUCCGAGGCACAUGCGGAAAUCGAUAGUCCUCCUCUUCUUUAUUCUUUUAAGGACUAUGCUGCCCGACUCGUUCCUACGUUGGGUACUCAUGCUCAAGGACAAGACGUGUGUGCGGCAUCUUCUCUGUCCGGCAGCGGCGACUUAUCGUCUGCAUGUUUUUUCAUGGGAUUCGGCGCGCGAGUUCAACGUAGAGGUAUUGGACCCGCUCACGUCUGGGGAUUUCGCAUGGCUUCCUCUCCCGACCGCGGGCCGCUUGCCGAGACCGCAAUGCGCAACACUAUGCGCUCAUCUUCACACGUACUUAUCCUUCCUUGCGUAUGUUACCAAGGUGGUCCGCGAGUUUCGCGAUCAGCAGUACGACGACAACAACGCACUGCUCCUCUAUGUCCGCAUCCAAGUUGGUCAAGCGUCCUGGAGCGCUUUGCUGGAUAGCGGAGCGUCUCGCAAUUUUAUGAGGCAAACCUUUAUGCAAAAGGCUGGCCUUGGUGCACAAUUUCGAAGAAAGGCGAACCCGACGACGAUCAAGUUGGUGGACGAAAGGAUGCAACAACUUAUCGACCACUACAUCGAGGUCGUACCAGUGUAUUUCGCACCUCAUGCAUGCAAACCGGUGACAUUUGACAUUUUGGAUACGGACUUCGACAUUAUCUUGGGAAUGCCUUGGCUUGCAAGUGCCGAUUACACGGUCAACUUUCACUGGCGGAAUCUUACUGUUCGCGACGCCUUCGACGCCGAAGUGUCAUGUACGAUUCCUCUUCCGCACCCUUUGAUUCGGUGCCAAGUGGUGACGGCCAAGUUAUUUCGGGCUACUUGUGCUUACGAGCAGCCCAACGAAAUCGGCCUAUGUUUCCUACGGACCGUCGUGGUAGCCGACUCUUCACCCACAAACUUGUUUUCGGACCCCCGUGUAGUGCGGUUGCUUGACGAAUUCGCCGACAUCUUCGAGUCACCUACCGGUGUGGUGUCGGAUCGGUCGAUCUCUCACGAGAUCAUUCUUAAGGCCGGUGCCGUGCCGCCGAAAGGUUGCAUUUAUCGCAUGAGCGAGGAGGAGCUCCUCCGCGCGCAACUUGAUGAUUUGUUGGACAAGGGCUGGAUCCGCCCUAGUAGCUUUCCAUACGGAGCGCCAGUUCUCUUCGUACGAAUGAAAAACAAAGAUCUACGAUUGUGCAUCGACUACCGCAAGCUCAACGCGCAAACCGUCAAGAAUGGGGGGCCUCUUCCUCGCAUUGACGAUCUUCUUGGGCAAUUGGGCGGCGCAAAGUAUUUUUCUAAGUUGGAUUUGAAGUCGGGAUAUCAUCAAAUCUCGAUCCGACCGAACGAUCCUUACAAAUCCACGUUCAAGAUGCGGUAUGGGCAUUUUGAGUGGGUGAUCAUGCCUUUUGGCCUCACCAACGCCCCGACGACCUUUCAAGCGACAAUGACGAAUGAGUUCGGUGCAAUGUUGGACCGGUUCGUGCUGGUCUACUUAGACGAUAUUCUCGUCUAUAGCCGGUCAUUGGAAGAUCAUGUUGAGCACCUUCGACGAGUGUUGGAGACGCUUUGCCGCGCCAAGUACAAGGCCAACCGCGACAAGGAAGCGAUUGCCAUGGACAUUACCGGCCCGUUCCCCAAGCACAAGACCGGCGUGGAUGGGAUUCUCACGGUGGUCGACCGACUCACCAAGUUUGCCAUGUUUCUGCCUUGCCGCUAUCAUGCGAAGGCACCGGAGUUGGCCAAGGUUCUUUACACCGGUUGGAUUCGAACCAAGGGUUACCCCAAGGAAAUCGUCUGCUACCGCAACACUCGGUUCAUGUCCGAUUUUUGGUUGGCGCUCAUCAAACGAUGGGGCUCAUCUCUCAAGCCAAGUUUGGCUCGCCACCUCCAAACCGAUGGCCAAACGGAGAGGGCGCAUCAGACUGCACAAGUUCUUCUUCGCACUCUCAUCCGCCCCGACCAAAAGGAUUGGGUUGAGCGGCUGCCGGAUGUCGAGUUGGCCUACAACUCGUCCAUCCACCCGGCUAUCGGGAUGUCGCCCUUCGAGUUGGAGCACGGCUCGCCGGUCACUUCGCCGUUGGACACAAUCAUUCCACGAACGACCGAGAGCAACGACCAUCUUCUUUUCUUGCGUCGGAUGCAGGCGCUACUUGUCAAGGCACGAGACCAGAUGGCCAAGACGCAGCAACGCGUGAGCCAACAGGCCAAUCGCUAGCGUCUUCCUUGACCACUCCGCGCCGACGAUCUUGUUUGGGUUUCCACUGCGGAAUUCAGCCUUGAAC